AGCCUUGGUGAUUUCUUUUAAUUUGUUUUCUUUCAUUUAUUUUUUGUUCGUAAUUAAUUGAUUGAUAGAAAGACAAAAAAAGUUCUUUUGACUUUCAAUUAACCUUGUUAACGAAGAAACUACAAUUUGUAUUAUCUUUCUCUUUGUGCCAUGUUAAGUGUCUCUCCGCCCGAAUUAUCAAAUCUUCUUAAACUUGAUCCAUAUUUAAAGUUACACGAAAAUGAGAUUAAACGUCGAUAUCAACAUUUUAAUCAACUAUUGGACUCAAUUGGUUCAAAUGAGGGGAUAAAAGGUUUCCUCGAGAGCUAUAAACAAUUUGGAAUCCAUGUUGAACCUGAUAACAGUGUCCAUUGUCUCGAAUGGGCUCCUGGAGCUGAAGGAUUAUUUCUUAAAGGUGAUUUCAAUGACUGGUCAACAAUUUCCCAUCCAUAUAAGAAACUUGACUUUGGUAAAUGGGAAUUAAUUAUACCACCAGAUUCCAAUGGUAAACCAGCAAUUAAACAUGGUGAUAGAUUGAAAAUUGGAAUUCUAACCAAACAAGGAAUCAUUGAAGAUCGUAUUUCACCUUGGGCAAAUUACGUUGUACAACCAGAAACAUCAAUAAUCUAUGAUCAGGUUUUCUACAAUCCGGAAAAAAGUUACACCUUUAAAUCGUCGAAACCUUCACCACCGACUAAUAUAAAAAUCUAUGAGAGUCAUGUUGGUAUCAGUAGUCCAGAAUAUAAGGUUGCAACCUAUGAUUAUUUUAGAGAAAAAGUUUUACCUCGAAUUAAGAAACAGGGUUACAACGCAAUCCAAUUAAUGGCAAUCAUGGAACAUGCUUAUUAUGCCUCUUUUGGUUACCAAGUUACCUCAUAUUUUGCACCCUCUUCUCGAUAUGGUACACCCGAUGAGCUUAAACACCUUAUAGAUGAAUGUCAUUCACAAGGUAUUUAUGUCCUUCUUGACAUAAUUCACUCUCAUGCCUGUAAAAAUGUGGCCGAUGGUUUAAAUCGUUUCGAUGGUACCAAUGGUCAUUACUUUCAUGAUGGUCCAAAAGGUGAACAUACUCUAUGGGAUUCACGUUUAUUUAAUUACUCUAAUUAUGAGACUUUAAGAUUUUUACUCUCUAAUUGUCAUUAUUGGUUGGAAGAGUUUAAAUUUGAUGGUUUCCGUUUUGAUGGUGUUACCUCGAUUCUUUAUCAUUCACAUGGUAUUGGUCAUGGUUUCUCUGGUGAUUACAAUGAAUAUUUUGGCCUUAACACGGACACGGAAAGUUUCAAUUAUCUACAAUUGGCUAAUCAUUUGAUUCACACUUUCCAUCCAAAUGCAAUUACCAUUGCUGAAGAUGUUUCCGGAAUGCCUGCUCUCUGUCGACCUGUUUCAGAGGGUGGAGGUGGAUUUGAUUAUCGUCUUGGAAUGGCUUUACCGGAUAAAUGGAUUGAAUUACUUAAAGAACAGCGAGAUGAAGAUUGGGAUAUUGGUAACAUUAUCCAUACCCUUACAAACCGACGGUGGAAGGAAAAAACUAUUGCAUAUGCUGAAUCUCAUGAUCAAGCUCUGGUUGGUGACAAAACAAUUGCUUUCUGGUUGAUGGAUAAAGAAAUGUACGACAAUAUGUCAACCUUGACUCCAUUGACCGAUACCAUUUCAAGAGGACUUGCCUUACACAAGAUGAUCAGAUUGUUAACUCAUGGUCUCGGUGGAGAGGGUUGGUUAAACUUCAUGGGCAAUGAAUUUGGACAUCCAGAGUGGCUUGAUUUCCCUCGAGCUGGUAACAAUAGUAGUUACCAUUAUGCUCGUCGACAGUAUAAUCUUGUAGAUGAUGAUCUUCUUCGUUACAAGUUUCUUGGUAAUUUUGAUCGAGCCAUGAAUACCCUGGAAGAAAAGUACCGUUGGUUAAAUGCCGAUGAUUCUGGUUAUGUUUCCUGGAAACAUCAACAAGACAAAGUUGUUGUAUUUGAACGAUCCCAAUGUCUUUUUGUUUUCAAUUUUCAUCCAACCAAAUCUUUUCCAGACUACAAAGUUGGUGUUCAUGAACCUGGAAAGUACAAUAUGAUUCUUGACUCAGACUCAGCUGAAUUUGGUGGAUUCCAAAGGUUGGAUCAUUCAGUUGAUUUUUUCACUUCUCCAGAAGAUUUUGCUGGACGUGCUAAUUCAAUGAUGAUUUACAUUCCUUCUCGAACUGGAAUCAUUUUCGCUAGAAAAUAAUUUAAACAUUGGCAAUAUAUAACUCAAUCAGAGCAAUUAAUUGUUCUUAAAAACCUAUUUUUAGUCAUUUUAAGUUAAUUAUUAUUGUUGCAAAUCAAAUGAACAAGUUAUUUUUUGUUAUCCAGUUUAAAUAAAUUAACUUAAUUCUAAUAA